UUGUUUGGGCAGGACAUUAAAUUUAAUUUAUUACCAAAUUCAAUUUCAAUCUACCCAAAUGUCAUUUACAAAUUCUAACAAUGAAACAAAAAAUGAAAUAGUCGAAAAUGAGAAUCCUGAAAAUUUGGAAGAUUUAAUUGAUAUUGGCAUGAACAAUGAAGAAAUUAAAGUUGAAAAUCAACAAGUUGAAGAGGAUGGACGUGCAAAUUUAAAAAUUCAAAAACUGUCAACAAAAACUAAACGCAACCUUAACCCAACUCCAAAAGAAUGUAGUAUCUGUGAACGUAUGGCUAGUGGAUAUUUCUUUUAUGGAGUAAUUUGUUGUGAUGGCUGUAAACACUUUUUUCACCGUUGUAUUACUUCAAAAAACAAAUAUAAAUGUGAAAAAGAUGGGAACUGUAAUCUGUCUUACAGUAAUAUUUUUAUAAUAAUUAAUGGAUUUAGGUAUAUUGGGUGA